UUAGCGCAGGGCUACUCCUACUCCGACGGUUUCGAGUGUUAGCGUCAGCAAUGGGAGAUCACAUCUGCGCCCCACUGCAUAUAUCCCAAUUCCCAACCGUCAAUCAAUGUCGCUUUAAACGCCAAAAAUCUAUUAUCAAUGUACUUUGUGGCGGCAAAAAAGCAUUCAACAAUCUAUGGUGGCUCUAUGCAACAACUACUGCAAUUGCAUAUUGCAUACUUUUUAAAAGGCAGAAAAAGUGAAAACUACUUCUUGAUUGGAGUUUCUUUCGGUCUAAGUAAUGGCACCAAAGAAGUCGAAGCCAAAAUCCGGCAACACUCAGGCUGACGUUCCGUUUCCAUUGUUAGAUUUCAAGGCGUCGGAUGACGCCUGGUACGGUGUUCGACUCGUACUCUAUAACAACACCCUCGUCGUCAAGUAUCUCGAUUUUCCCGAGGAGUUUGACGACUGGUUCAACGCGUGGGACUUCAAGAGUCUCGAAGAAGUUGAAAGCUUCAAGGGUAGGUUUCGACCAACUUCGCUUCAGUUGCAGGAUCAUGAAUGCACUAAAGUGAUCGAAGAGAUGUGUGUUUGCGCUUCACAUCCUUAUGGUGACAAUGAGAUGCGCUUCUACGAUGCCGUUAUCGAGGAAAAGAUAUCCAAAGCACAUAAUUACUCCAAAGGGGAAGAGGAGUGCUUGUGCACAUUUGUGGUUCUUUGGCUACACGGUCCAAAUUCUGGGCAAAAGAAAUCGAUUGGUAUUGAAGAUAUCUGUCUAAUUCCAAAUGGAGAUACAUUGCAUCCAACACUGGACUCUUUUGUGAAGAUUUCAAAAGAGAAACUUGAAGAGGGUGCACAUAGUGAAGUUCAUUUCUCAACUAUUAAAAGCAAGUCAAGCAGAUCUGGUGGUAAACCACCAUAUAAUUAUUCUCAGGAGGCUGGGAAUUCCAAGUUAUCUGGUUGUGAAACACAGACAUUUAAAGGGAGGAUCAGCAAUUACCAGGAAAGGAUCAUAGAAGAUAUGGACUUGGGUGGAAAAAGUUCCCUUACAAAUGAUAUUGCAAAAACUAAUGGUUAUUAUUCCAUAUUGAUUGAAAAUUUGGAAAAGGAUUUACUAUCAUCAACUGUUGUGGAUUUCAUAUAUAGACAAACUUCUAUCUUGGCUCAAGCAUUCAUUUUCCCAAGCUUGUCAUCAGAGUUGUACACAAGGGGGAUCAUUAUUGUGGAUAACCAAGAGAAGCUUGGAAAGAUAUAUGAUUUUCUUUGUGAUCCUGCUCAAAUGGUCAUGUCUUCAAGAGGAAGGCCAUGGAUUGUUACUGAAGGCAGGCAUGGAAAUUCAAGAUCAACAUUUGGGGCCUCAAUGCCAAAAACCGAGAACAAAUCAUGGAAUACUACUGGAAACAUUGCCAGCAAUAUAAAGGUUGUACCAUAUGGUACCAAAGAAUACAAAAUAGGUAUGCAGUUAAGGGAUAAUUUUAUGGUGUUUACAAAUCAUCUACGUGGACUUCACAAAACUCUAGAAUUGGAAGAAAGGAAGAUCUUGCAAUCAUAACUUACAGUUUUGUUAACCAAAGGAUAAAAUGCUAAAGUUAGGCAAAGAUUGCAUCGAGGCCAAUACCCCAUUCAGGAUGCUUGUGAUAGACUUGCGGUGUACAUACAAGUAUGCAUUGUAUACACAGCAAUAGUUUGAAGUUAUAAGGCUAUGAUUUUGGUUGCAACUUUAGUGCUCUUUAAAGCACCUUUAAUUUGGUUAGUCUGUGAGAACAUCUUUUAAAAGCAAAAAGAAGUGAAUAUACUGGGCCAGUCUGAAACCAAACUAAUGAUAUCUCUGGGUUAGGUUAGAUUAGGGUUAUGAUAGGAAGUUCAACACCUUGGGUUCGACUAAGGUUGCCCUUAACCGAACCUAACCCAGCCUGCAUUGCACCUUUAGAUGCAUCAACUCCAAGGUGUUUUAUCAGGAUUCACCCAGAUAUGAGUAGGAGAUGGAGUUUGAGACCUUGCUCAUGUUUACCAUGAUGCCAUCCUAGCAAUGCUUGCGUUUGUUCAAGGUUUCAACCUAUUAACAGAAACCCUCUUUUGUUUUUGGCCAAAGGUUAGAAAAUUUGGGUUUAUGUCCAGAUGGUGUCCACCUUGCAUGAUGUUUUGAUUUUAUUUUCACACUGGCGGGUUUGUGUUUCAUUGGAUUCGCAAGGGGGUGAUGCAACGACAGUAGUACCAAUUCAGUAGAUGUGUUACUUGAGGUCACGAUUGGUACUGUGGGUAUUUCUACUUGUCAAUUUUCUGUUUGUUUGAUAUUGUUUUGAAUUAAUAACAAAUAUGUUUCUACUAGAAAUAAAUAUAAACUAGGGAAUGCUACUGGGGGCAGCCACCUAUGUGAAGAAACGGUUCACCGACCUGGGUCUUAGUUGAUGUUUCAGUCUUUCAGAUGCACGGGCUGUGAAGUCGGUGUGAGGCGCGCUCUGUCAAUAGCAGAUCCGAACUCAAUGCCAACACACAAUACUUGUUCGACAC